AUGCCGCGCGUGUUUGGAACCAAGCUAAACCCAUCUGUGGUAGGUGAUGUUUUACAAAAAAGCAAAAAAACCCUUGAGAAACCAACUUUUAGUAACAAGAUUCUUUCCUUGACGAGGAAAAGUAUUGAAGAUGGUAAAUCACAUUUUAGGGUUGGUUCAAGGAAAUUAUAUUUCCCUAAAGCUCGUGUGAUAUUGUUACGUCCCAAUGCUAAGCAUACACCAUAUCAGGCUAAAUUUAUCGUUCCUAAAUCUUUCAAUAAAUUGGAUUUAAGAGAUUAUCUUUAUCAUAUUUAUGGAUUAAGAGCCAUGAAUAUUACUACGCAAUUGUUACCAGGUACGUAUUCUACUGUGGGAAGAAUGGGAUCAAGAUUUAGAGGACCUCAAAUUAAGAAGAUGACUAUUGAUAUGGAGGAACCCUUUGUAUGGCCAAAAGAGAAUGCAAAAAAGGAAGGAGAAGAUUCAUUAGGUAUAGAGUAUACUAAGGAACUAGAAAAGUUUGAAGAGGAUAAUACGCAUAGGACUGGGUCUGAUAGAUAUAAACCUGGUGAAUCAUUUGAUGGUGUUUUGGGUCCAUACGGUUUGGGUGCCCAACCAUUUAUACCUAAGUUCUUGAAAAGAGAAUUAGAUAAUAAGAAAAAGAGGUAUUUCAAAUCUAUCAACACUGCCAAUACACUAAAUAUGAUUGAAAAGGCUGUUGAGCGUGAUGAAGAUAUAACGAGGGUAAGGUAA